AUGGCAGUAAAACAGUAUGACGAUUAUCCAAUGGACAAAACUCAUUACCUCAAAGUUAAUAGGUUCACAGACAUUGAGAAAUAUUCACAAAUUGAAGAAGAAUAUAAAGAACCGGAUGAAGAGAAAUUCGUGGAAAAGGAACAUCUGAGAAGUUGGCUUACUGAUUCUCAAGCGCGCGAUCAGUUCGUUCUUUAUCGCGGCGAUGAUGUUAUCAUAUUUUGGAAUAGGAAGACAGAACCACCAGAAGAAAUUUAUAGGAGAACGAAUUGGACCGAAACAUACGUCCAGUGGUCUCCUUUAGGGACUUACCUUGCAACGUUUCAUAAACAGGGCAUUGCAUUAUGGGGUGGUCCAAGUUGGAAUAAAAUUAUUCGGUUUUUCCAUCCUGGGGUUAAGCUAAUAGACUUCUCGCCCAAUGAAAAAUACCUUGUCACAUGGAGCAACGAACCGAUUAUGCUUGGAUCUAGUGGUACCCCAUUCGGACCGGAUGACGAAGGCAAUCAGGUUAUUAUAUGGGAUGUUCACUCCGGUAUACUCUUAAGAUCAUUUCCUUCUUCAACAAAUCCCGAGGGCACUCCCAACAAGAUCAAGUGGCCUAUAUUUAAAUGGUCACCAUCCGACAAGUAUUUUGCGCGUGUGACUCCGGGACAACAAAUUUCUGUUUACGAAACACCUAGCAUGGGAUUGGUCGGCAAAAAGAGUAUCAAGAUUGAAGGGGUUGUCGACUUUGAAUGGGCCCCCGCCUUUGAAUGGGCCCCCGCCUCUGACAACGAAAAAGACAAACAAUUUGGAGAUAAAAAGUCAGGAGAAGAAUUAAUUAGUUAUUGGACACCAGAAAUUGGUAAUCAACCAGCUCGUGUGACUUUACUUAACAUUCCCUCGAAAGAAAUAGUUAGAACAAGAAACUUGGUGAACGUCUCGGAUUCUAACAGUGACUUUUUAUGCGUUAAAGUGGAUCGUCAUACCAAAACGAAAAAGUCCACUUUCGCCAAUCUUGAAAUUUAUAGAGUUCGGGAAAAGGAUAUUCCGGUAGAAGUUAUCGAAGUUAAAGUAAUUGCGUUCGCGUGGGAACCCAAAGGCGAGCGAUUUGCCAUUAUCACAACAAACGAUCCCAAUUAUAAUCAACCCACACAAACUGGAUUUAAAACUAAUGUAUCAUUUUAUUAUCUUGAGAAACCAAAACCUGGAAAAGGUGGUGAAACAGUUGGAACUGCUAAUUUCAAACUUAUCAAGACACUUGAGAAAAAAUCUUCGAACGCCAUAUACUGGUCACCACAGGGUCGUCAUGUAAUUUUGGCAACUCUUCGAUCAUCUACAUCAUUUGAUUUGGAAUUUUGGGAUUUAGAUUUUGAAGGUGUCACUGAACAAAAAGAAUUCACAAAAGCCGAUCCCGCCUCGUGUAUGCAACUCAUGAGCACACAAGAACAUUAUGGCAUUACUGAUAUUGAAUGGGAUCCUACUGGUCGUUACGUAAUCACCAGUUCUAGUUUUUGGAGACACACUAUGGAAAACGGAUAUACUAUAUGGGACUUUAAGGGCAUGCAAUUACAGAAACUUUUAAUGGAUAAAUUCAAACAAUUACUCUGGAGACCUCGUCCAAAGAGUCUACUGACCAACGAACAAAAGAAAAAAAUUAAGAAAAACCUUAGAGAAUAUUCUAAGCAAUUCGACGAAGAAGAUGCUCUUGCGCAAACUUCUGUCUCCAAAGAAUUGCUUGCUCAUCGUCGUCGCCUUAUUGACGAAUGGAAUGCAUGGCGCAAGCGAGUUGAAAAAGAGUUGGCCGAGGAAAGAGAAAGAGCUGGUCUUGAGCCGAUUUCAAAACGAGAUGACGAAAAUGUGGAAAUUAUUGAAGAAUGGAUCGAGGAAGUUGUGGAAGAGACAGAGGAGGUUGUUGAAGAUUAG